CAGUAUAUUAGUGACCUGGAAACAAGGCUCGAUAAUCAAACAAAAGAACAGGCAAAAGAUCAUGAUUUGAUAAUUAGCUUGAAAUCAAAAAUUACUCAAUUGAAAUCAAACGAAUCGAAUAACGAAGGAUACAUACACGAUCUCGAGACCAAGUUGGCCAAGAAUGAGGAACAAUUGACAGAACUCGCAGCGACCAUUGAUAAACUGGAGAAAAAAUUGCAACAACGUGAGUUCGAGUACCAAGAAUUGGAGAAGGUCUUGAAAUUAAAUAAUUCCGAUCAAGAGAAGACACUAUUAUUAAAAGAUAUUGAUGAAAGGGAUAAACGAAUAAGUCAACUUGAACAACAAGUGGAGUUGCUGCUUAAUGAGUUGGAGGAUUUAAAAAGGCUAUCAGAGAUUCAAGACGAGGAAAUCGAUAAUUUCCAUAGUCGGGAUGUCUCAUCAUUCUCCAUCACUUCGGAAAGUUCGGGAUCAUCAAUUCCAAACUUGACGAAUGGACGAGAGCGCUUGAUAGUCGAAACCUUGGAAGCCAGAUUGUCAGAAUUACAAAAAACUCACGAUAUAACAGUGAACGACCUUAAUGAUAUGAAGAGUAGAUAUCAGGAAUGUCUGUCGAAAAUUAACGAGCUCUACCUUAGACUUGCUGAAUCCCAAAGCGAGGAACUCAAGAAUUACACCCCUUCAACGCCGAUGACACCGAUAUCGCCCACUAGUUCAGUCGACCGAAUGUCCCUUCCGCCAACCUUCAUUUAUAGCGAGUUAAAUAAGGAAUUUCUGGGCAAAGCAAAUGAUGCAUCAAGGUUCAUUUCACAUCGAAAGUCGAAAUCGCUUUCCAACGAGAUCAAGGGUCACGAGAGACGUGAGCUCGCCCACUUUGCCGUAGUUCAAAGGCUCCAAAACGAGCUCAACCAACUUUCGUCAUUGCACGAAGACAAGGCACAUGGUUUAGAUGCUAUAAAGCAAGAAUUUGCUAGGCUGGAGAUAUGCUAUCGAGAAGCAUUGGAGGUUAUUGAGGAGUUACGUGAGGAAAUAAAAAAACGUGAUGCCUUGGCUCAAUUGGAAGUGAUGUCCAUGAUAACCCCGUCGGAGCACAAUAUUGAAUCCCAUUCACUAGUUUCAAGUGAUGUCGAUCAGCUUGAGGUUGUGCAAAGACUUCGUGAAGAGAUCGAACAACUUAAAGAAGAACAAAGAAUGGUCAUGGAAAAUAUUUCAGAACUUCAAACGGUCAAUGAUGAGACGAGCGAUGUCUCUAGGAUUGAAUCAAGUAUUAAGGAACUUCGCGAAGAAUUACACUCAAACUCUGAGAAGACGACAGAUGGACCGACCGAUGAUAAUGCACGCGCGAUCGAAUUGGAAUCACGAAUAAAAGAAUUAGAAUUGCAAUUGUCUAAAGCGCAAGAUGACCAACGACAACAGAAGAUUUUAGAAUCUAUUUCUCGCCUCGAAGGUUUCAAACCUGUAGAGAACGAAAACUCAAUUCAGACCGAGGAAGAUGAUGAGAAGAUGUUCGCUUUGAAACAGCAGGUCGAAAAACUUCAAGCCAGCAUUGAAUCAAAAAGUCAUACGAUAGCUGCGCUUUUACUUCCUACGUCUGAACAUCAGAAUACCAUCAGCCGCCUCGAAGAUGAGCUGCAAGAAGUUAGAGAAGCGUAUCGACUUGCAACAAAGGGUGAGUCGGUUGUAAAAUUGGGUACAAUCCCUGAGGCAUCUGAGGGUGAUGAAAACAAAGAACGCUCGGUGCAAUCCGAUCACAACUCUAAUCAUGCUACUUCGUCGGAUAAACUUGAGCAAAAUGUAGAUGAAAAUGUUAGAGCUCUGGAAGACCGAGUCAAAGAUCUCGAAGGACAAUUGGCGAAAGCAAAGGAGGCACAGCAUAUUCCGACACCGCGAAAUUCGGUGCUUCACUUAGUGGACCCAACUCAAAAAAUUUUCAACGUAUUACAAGCGAAAUUAUCUGCAUUACAAGAUUUUACUAGCAAAUCUGGCGAAACUCAGGAUCUAAAGACUGAACAAGAAUUAAUCACAUCACUGCAAACACAUCUUGAAACUCUUAAGGUAGAUAUCAGACGAAAAUAUGAAUUGAUCGAGGUUUUAAAAAGGGAGCUGGUUGACAAAGGUAUGUUGAAUCAAAAGUUGCGAGAGAAAGAAUCAGAGGCCAUCGUAAUACAAUCGCAACUCUUGCAAUACAAAAGUCGAGAAGAAAGCAUGAAAAAGGAGAUUACAGAGCUCCAGGCUCAAUUAGAAAAACUGAAUUCGGGCAAAGGUGCUGACGAAUAUAUGCAAAAUGAGAUUGAGGCGGUUAGGCAGGAGCUUAAACUAGUAAAGGAACGUGAAUUGGUGACGAUGGACCGAAUAAAAACACUCGAUGCGGAGAUCGAGCGAAUGAGACAGGUUGAGGUGACGCAAAAAGAAAGAAUAGCCGUUUUGGAGUCUGGAUUGGCUGAGAAAGGUUAUGAUGUUGAUGAUGAUCUGAUUAAAUUGAGGACCGAAUUAGCAUUGGUUAAGGAAGCGGAAAUUGUUAACGGUCGGACAAUCAGUGACCUCGAGAGAAGAUUAUCCGAAUCGCUCAAUGUUAAAAAUGUCCAAGAAGAUUCCGAGGAAUUGGCAAUUAUUAAGGGCGAACUUGAAGAAUCAAAGGCCACCGAUUCGAUAUUGCGAAAAGCUGUCGAAGAGCUGGAGCAAAAGCUCACUGUCGCCGAGAAACAAUCUCAGGAUUUACAAAUGAUGAGAGAAGAGGUCACGUCACUUAAAGAUAUAGAAUUUAAACAAAACAUCAUGAUCGAACAAUUGAAAUCGCAAAUACAAGAGACUAGUGAUGAAAAGGAAGCAGCAAUAAAGGCGGCGCAAUAUAUUAAGGACGACUUUACUGCACAAAAAGAACUCGUGAUAGCUCUCGAGUCGGAAUUAGUCAACCUGAAUGAAAAAUGUUUGGAGGCCAAGAAACAGGACGAAGCUAGCAAGAAAGAACUCGAAAAAUUAAGACAACAACGCGAUCAACACGAGAAGAGGAUCAAAGAGUUGGAGAGUGAGAUUGAAUUAUUGAAAGCAUCAAUUGAGGUCAAUAAUAAUGAUGCUAGCUCUUUGAAAAUAGAAUUGGCGAAUGCAAAACUUGAGAUGAAUGCUCGAAAUCAAUUAGUCUCUGAAAUGGGAAAUCAGAUGAUGUCCAUUGAAAAGGAACGUGACCAGCUCGCUGAACGUUUAGCCGAGCUGGCAAACACUUUGGAAACGAAAGAGUCGGAACGCAAAGAAGCCAUUAAAACACUUGAAAGCAAGAUCACGGACCUUCAAUCACAAUUGGAAGAAGUUGGGAAAUCAUCGAAACUCGAUAAAGAGACUAUCGCUGAUCUCAGUGGGCAACUUGCAAUU